AUGAGCAUUAGCGAACGUACAGGAAAUGAGGUCAGCAUAGCAGAACGAGAAAGGAAGGAAGAAGGCAUCGGCGCAGUUGAAAAUGACAAAAAUGUGUCCCCCACAGAUGGUGAGACUAUGCCCCAUGGAAUGGAGAAAAUGAAAGAUGCGGCAAAUGAUGAGGAUUCUGUAGAGGUGGGAAAUUGCUCUCCUUUUGGGGAAAACAAGUUGGGAAGUACCGUCUUGUGUGUCGGCUGCAGUGAUGGGGCAGCUCAGAUUGACGGAGGAACUGUCAACUGUCCAGGGGAGGAAAAUCUCCAAAAAGAGGCGGACAGUGAGAAAGAGGCGCAACUUGGAAGUGUCCUCAAUAAGGUAAAAAAUGUUAAAGGUGGAGUCGAUGUGGAGACAAAGCCCAACGCCCAAAUUGGUAGCAGCGACACGUAUGUAGAGAACGACCCAGAUGGUAACGCAUGUGGAGAGGGGCAUAGCAGCACCCACGUGAAGAAGAAUGAUGAUGAGGGGGAAACUCCCAAUGUUGUACCGACCACCAAUGGUGAACCUCCAAAUGACAGUGGGCCGUUAAAUGUCUCGGAUGACACACCGCUUGAUGAAGGGAAUUUCUCAGCGGAUGACCGACCGGAAGAGAACGCAGAUAGUACGAGCAGCUUUAUGCUAGAAGAAGACAUGAAUUUAUCCCGAAGAGCGUAUCGAAAUUUUCAGAUUUGUUCAAUAUUUAUUCAUGGGACAUUGUUAUUAAUGGUGAUAUUACUGAUGGGGAUUUUAUGCCACGAUUUUAUGAAGCCAUCUUCUGUUUCGCAGAAGGAGAGGGUAAUGACUUAUUUCUGUGGAUUGCUGCUCAGCAUGCUAGGGUUACAUCUUUUUCUAAAUUUGUACAUGUCAUUAAUGUUACUGAGACAAGCAGAAGUUUCAAAGAUGUUAAAAUCGGUAGAAGCCAAAAUUCAUGUCAUCACCUUGGUGUACUUUUCCAUGUGUGCCUAUAUCUACUUUUUUGAAGGCACAAAUUACCCCAUAAGUUCUACUUUCUCCUUUGCCAUCCUUUUAGUGGUCAUAUAUUAUUUUAUGCCGAUAUUUUUAUAUAUAAUUUUGAGGAUUCUGUUCAUAGUUGUCAUUUUGAUUUUAAUCUUUAUUAAGAGGAAGAGUCCCACACCGAAGAAGAUUUUGAAGAAAUUGAAAAUUAUGAAAUAUGUGGAGUAUAGGAAGUACUGUGAGGAGGAGGCUUGCUUUCGUAGCGCCUAUUUUACCAACUGGAGGGAGCUAAACGGGGAGGGUGUGACAGAUACGAGGGGGGUAAUGACUACCACCGGGGUGGAGGGAGGCACAGAGAUUGCUGCCCCCAGUGGUGUCGAUAACAAGGGGGAGGACUUUGCGUCGGUUGAGCCCACGUCAAACUGCAAUGCGGAAGGGAACACAAUCUCGACGGCGACGUCCUGCGUGCGGGGAAUCGGAGGGGGAAGUGGAGGCGGUCCCCCUAGCAGUAGCGCGAAUGACCGGCCAACCCGCAGCGGCAACAGCAGCAUGAGGAGUAACCUCGAGCGGCACCUUUUCUAUGAUCGCGCUGUAGGAGCUACUGGUAGAGGAGGCGGUUCCUCCAAUCGCGGGGGUAGACAAGCUAACGACAGGGGGGAAGGCGACGACCUGGGGAGCCCUAACCAGAAUGCCAGGGAUGACGCCAAUCAAUAUCCUCCUAGAAGUUACGAUAAUAACCGCGAGGUUAGAGGCAGCCACGAGGUGACAGGCGAGCCAAAUAAAGACGGCAAGCCAGCACCCUUAUUUGACUACUUCCAGAAAGUUUUGAAGAAAAAAAAAAAUGCCCUGGAAAAUGACAAUUUAGAAGUACCUGAAAAUAACUUGGAGGAAAAUUCCUUUCAUAUAAAUAUUGAGAGCUCCGAUUAUGUCUGUUCCAUCUGCUGCGUGGAGUAUCUAAAUGACGAUGAUAUUUGUAUUUUGCCUUGUAACUACCUGCAUUACUAUCACAAGGAGUGUAUUUUUACGUGGCUGAAGAGGAACAACGAUUGCCCCCUGUGCAGGAAGUGCAUUGGGAAGAUCUGA